GAGCAUCUACAAAUGUGGAGAACAUCUGUGGAUAGAUCAGGUUGCAACCUAGCCUAAUUGCCUUACCCAUUACCCAAUCACAAGACAUCCCUUCCGUGUUGGUCUCUCAUUGAUUGAUCAGUGAUGAGGGUGGGGCCUGGUCAAAUGGGGCGUAUUCCGUUCGCAGCUGGAAUCUCGAGUGGAGCGCACCCGUCCGAAUUGUCUGCGCGAAUAAACGGAGGGUGGUGAGCUGGGCGGCAGUAGACGACGCAGCUGUUGCUAUUGUACUACACUUGGGGAACACCCUCGGGGAAACAACGGCAAGUAAUUAUCUUCGUUGACAAUGACUAUAGCGACAUCAUCAUAAACAUAGGAAUUAGAAAAUUGAAUUGAAAAAGUAAAUCAAUGGUACAGAAAAGUAGUAUGUCCAGAACGCCUUCGACCUCAACGCAGGAGAUCCAAAUGGACAUGUUUGAUCAACAUCCUCACGCACAGGGAAAGUAUUCCAAGCGGAAGAGUCGCUUCAAGCGCUCCGAUGGAAGCACCUCCUCUGACACCACCUCCAACAGCUUUGUCCGGCAGGGCUCUGCCGACUCCUACACCAGCCGGCCGUCAGACUCAGAUGUGUCCCUGGAGGAGGACCCAGAGGCACUGAGGAAGGAGGCAGACCUACAGGCCCUGGCCACCCUCGAGAAAGCUAAGACCAAACCAGUGGCCUUUGCCGUGCGGACGAAUGUGGGCUACAACUCUGGGCCCAGCGACGACGUCCCAGUGCAGGGCAUGGCCAUCUCCUUUGAAGCCAAAGACUUCCUACACAUCAAAGAGAAGUACAAUAAUGACUGGUGGAUUGGGCGUCUGGUGAAGGAGGGCUGUGAGGUGGGGUUCAUCCCCAGCCCAGUCAAACUGGAGAACACCCGGCUACUGCAGGAGCAGAAGAUGAGACAGAACCGCCUCAGCUCCAGUAAAUCUGGUGGCAGCUCCAGCCUGGACGUUGCCACGGGAACACGCAGGCCCACCACUCCUGGCACAGCUCAUGUGGACAUGUCCACGAUGGCUUUUGACCUUGACCCCCUGGACCUGGAUGCCGAGGAGCCCCCUGAGCCCCAGGGUGACCCUCGCUCCCCCAAGGGCAGCGCAGGCAGCGUCACCUCCCCCCAGGGCCAAAUCCACCGCCUGCCCUUCUUUAAGAAGAUGGAGCAUGUCCCCCCUUACGACGUGGUCCCCUCCAUGAGACCCAUCAUUCUAGUGGGGCCGUCACUGAAGGGCUACGAGGUGACUGACAUGAUGCAAAAGGCUCUCUUUGACUUUCUCAAGCACAAGUUUGAGGGCAGGAUAUCCAUCACCCGGGUGACAGCAGACAUCUCCCUUGCCAAGCGCUCGGUCCUCAACAACCCCAGUAAACACGCCAUCAUCGAGCGCUCCAGCACGCGCUCCAGCCUGGCGGAGGUGCAGAGUGAAAUUGAGCGUAUCUUUGAGCUGGCCCGCACCCUGCAGCUGGUUGCCCUAGACGCAGACACCAUUAACCACCCCUCUCAGCUGGCUAAGACCUCCCUGGCUCCUAUCAUCGUCUACAUCAAAAUAGCCUCACCGAAGGUCCUCCAGAGGCUCAUUAAAUCCCGGGGGAAGUCCCAGGCCAAACACCUGAACGUGCAGAUGGUGGCAGCAGACAAGCUGGCCCAGUGCCCCCCUGAGCUGUUUGACAUCAUCCUGGAUGAGAACCAGCUGGAGGACGCCUGUGAGCAUCUGGCUGACUACCUGGAGGCCUACUGGAAGGCCACGCACCCCCCCAGCAGUAACCCCCCCAACCCCCUCCUCAACCGCACCAUGGCCACGGCCGCGCUGGCCGCCUCCCCAGAGCCCGUCUCCAACCUGCAGGGGCCAUACCUGGUGCAUGGAGAACAGAAGCGGGAAGGGCCUCUUUCGGAGUGCGGUGGCAGCGGCAGUCUCCAUGACUACCAGAGUGACCAGGGAGGGAAGCAGCAGCAGCAGCACCAGCAGCAGAAGCAGCAGACCUACCUGCACUCGUCACGGGGCCAGCUACGGGGAGGGGGUGGGAGGGGCCUGUCCCGGCAGGACACCUUUGACUCGGAGACGCAGGGCAGUCGGGACUCGGCCUACACUGAAGCAGGGGACUCGUGCAUGGACAUUGAGACCGACCCCUACGAGGAGUCUGAGAUGUACCGCGGGGUAGGGGGCGGGGGCAGCCGCCUCCACCUGGCCCAACACCACGGCCGCCAGGCCUCCUGGGAAGACGAAGGGGCUGAGCCGGACCAGGAGAACCUCAACCACCCUCCCAUGCCCUCCCACACCCAGCCUGGGCAACACAGCCGGGCCAAGCUAAGGGAGAGGUACUGCCAGGAACCCGGGGAUACCGGCGCCAACAUGGGCCGCAACCACAACCAGGAGGACUGGGGGAGGGACGUGUACAUCCGUUAAACACACAUCACAACGUAUGGGCUAGGAGGCUGAUAGACAGACUUGGGGAGGGAGGGAGGGAGGGAGGGGGUUUCACGGU